AUGGCCUUAUUUGGAAGACCCCUUAUACAUCUAGAAGGCAACUGGUGUGAGCUACUUAAUGCAUGUUGCAAGAGCCAAUUAGUGACCAGAACUCCAGCCAAUCACCGAAUUUACAGUAUCCCGGCCCUUCUCGCUCCGACAAUUCUUCCGGUGAGCCGCUCGGACCCGUCUAGGUACCUCCAUUUCGAUGAAGCCCCAACUGGAGCGAACAACAAGAAGAUUUUCCUCGGGCACACUGGUGUCUUCCUUUUCUGCGAUUUACUGUCUGUCACGAUGUUAUCAGGGAUUCUGAUUUUCAAUCAGAAGGGUGAGAACCUUAUAUUCCGCUCGUUUCGCAAUGACUGCCGGCCUCGGCUUGCAGACAUCUUCCGUAUUCAGGUCAUAUCGAAUGCGCAGGUUCGAUCUCCGAUAUUGACACUUGGCUCGACAACAUUCAGCCAUGUCAAGCAUGAGAAUAUAUAUUUGGUCGCAGUUACGAAAAGCAAUGCGAAUGCGGCGUUGGUGUUUGAAUUCCUAUACAAAUUAAUAAUGCUGGGGAAGGGGUACUUUGGGAAAUUCGACGAGGAGGCAGUCAAGAACAAUUUUGUGUUGAUCUAUGAAUUGCUGGAUGAGAUCCUCGACUUUGGAUAUCCGCAAAACACCGAAACGGAUACAUUGAAAAUGUAUAUAACCACUGAAGGCGUCAAGUCAUCAAUUGUUAACUCACCCACCGACUCGAGCCGCAUCACCAUGCAAGCGACAGGCGCAUUAUCGUGGCGACGCUCUGAUAUCAAAUACCGGAAAAACGAAGCGUUUGUCGAUGUGAUUGAAGACGUUAACCUUUUGAUGUCUGCCACCGGGACAGUAUUACGAGCAGACGUGAACGGCCACAUAGUCAUGCGAACGUAUCUCACCGGAACUCCAGAAUGCAAAUUUGGACUUAAUGACAGGCUAUUAUUAGAUAACGAUGAUGCCGGAGGUAUGCCUGGGAAACCAAGAACGACCCGGGCUGCGGCGGGAAGCGUUACGCUUGAAGAUUGCCAGUUCCAUCAAUGCGUCAAGCUAGGCCAGUUUGACGCUGAUCGUAUCAUCUCCUUCGUCCCUCCCGAUGGGGAGUUCGAGCUGAUGAGAUACCGAGCAACUGAGAACGUGAACUUACCUUUCAAAGUACAUCCUAUCGUCCGUGAGAUAGGUACCACAAAGGUCGAGUAUAGCAUUGCUAUAAAAGCCAACUAUGGCCCUAAGCUGUUUGCUACGAAUGUAGUCGUCCGCAUACCUACGCCUCUUAAUACAGCGAAAAUCACCGAACGAACAACGCAGGGAAGGGCAAAGUAUGAGCCCGAGCAGAACAAUAUAGUCUGGAAAAUUGCAAGGUUUUCUGGCCAGAGUGAAUUCGUCCUUACAGCGGAGGCCACUUUGACGUCCAUGACACAGCAGAAGACCUGGAGUCGGCCGCCUCUCAGCCUUGCAUUUAGCUUGCUAAUGUUCACGAGUAGUGGGCUGUUGGUACGAUAUCUGAAAGUGUUUGAAAAGGGCAAUUAUAGCAGUGUGAAGUGGGUGCGAUAUAUGACCCGCGCUGGAAGUUAUGAAAUAAGAUUUUAA